AUGAAAGUAUUCUUGUAUCGCGUCGGAUUUAUUUCUCUUGUAUUAUUUCAAUUCCUAUUUGUCAUUUACUAUAUCGUCAUUCGAAGGUCAGGACUCUCUUCAAACACAACCUUCUCGCAUAAAGUGUUCAUUCCGAGUUAUUUCAAUGAAACUCUAAAUAUUGCCACCUACACGUCAGAAUAUUCCUCGAGUCAUUCAAAUGGACCUCCUCCGAUCGCCUUUGAGCGAAUGUUGUAUCGAUAUCAACAAUAUCAUGACUCGGUACUUUCAUCCUAUGUAUUUACAAAGAAUUGUUUUCAUGAAAAGGCACUGAAUGGAUUUUCAAAAACUCCACAAUUUGUUGUAUUUAAAGCACACAUGUAUAGCGGAUAUGGAAAUAUUAUUAUGGGUCUAUUUUCAACAUUGUUAUAUGCCCUACUAAGUAAUCGAGUAUUAUUAGUGAAUUGGGAAGGAGGAGAAGUGGGAUGUCAUGCCUCUCUGUCACAACUUUUGAAAAAUCCAUCCUUCUUAUCGCCGUCACAUGAACUCGUGUGGAAUUAUGGACAAGUGAAACAAAAAUCCAUUGAACAACACGGAUGUCCAGUCGAAAGAUGGACAUUUAUUGAAAAAAAUUGGCUACAUUUAGAGAGUACUGUCUAUCAUGAUCGUUCAAAACCUGGUUAUCGAUAUUUUAAAUGUUGUAAAGGUUUUGCUCAAAUGUUACCAACAAGUAUUUACCAAAAAUCAGAAAAUGAAAAAUUUAAUCAAAUCAAUUCCAAAGACUUUAUUGAAAUUGAAGGAGCUCAAUAUUUUGCUCCAACUCUGUAUGCUGAUAAUGAUGUUUAUUAUCAAUUAUUUUCCAAGUUAGAAAAGAAAGAUAAGGAUUGGGAACUACGUCCUAAACUUUAUCAAAUUAAUAUUUUCAGCAAAUUAGCUCCACUAUUGUUCAAACCUAUUGAUUUAAUUCAACAGAAAGUGGAUCACUUUAAAACAACCAUGCUCAAAGACAAAACCAAUCAUCCAGAAUCCACAUUUUUAUUAGGAAUUCAAGUCAGGAAGAAUGAACAAGAAUAUUUAUUUCAUAACACCCCAGUGAGUAUUUAUUGGGAAUGUGCUAAACAACGUAUCAUGGAGAUUCGCAGUACGAGUGCUGACAAGUACAAGAAGGUAGUAGUAUUUCUCACGAGUGAUUAUGCACCUGCCUUUGAUGAAGCGAAACAAUUUUUUGAGGAGCUACAAAUUCCUGGACUCACCAUUCAUCUGGUCUAUCUUCCUCAGAACAUUCCAAAAUCUCGCUCUGUAGAAGCUGUGCAGCAUGCUCUCAUUGAUUUAUAUUUAAUGAUGGAUUCUGAUGAUUUGAUUGUGAGUGAAAAAUCAACAUAUGGACAUAUCAUUCAUGGCACCGCAGGAAUUUCACCUCUUGUGGUGAGAAAGGAAGGGAGAUUUGCCAAAAAUCCAGCAUGUGUGAGAGCUCAAAACUCUGAACCAUGGUUCCAUCUUCGUGCCAGAUCUCUCGAAAGAUGUUAA